UGCUAUAGGCAGAGCAGGUGACAGUUUACAUAUGAAAAGCUGGAACAACUUUAUGCUGUUUUUGUCGAUGUCUUCAGAUUGUGUCAGUCAUGUACUCGUCAUUUGGCAGUUUAUUACAAAUGUUGUAACAUAGGAUUUGACAAAAGAUCCACACCCUUUCAGUCUCUUAUACUAUACAACGUCAUAUUCUGUGAAAUUAUUCAAAUGGUUUGGUUUAAAGGGCUUGUCAUAACACCUGCUGGGUGACAUGUGGAUUAACAGUUUGGCAGUUUAAUUCAGGAUUUAUUGCUAUAUGUUAACUGGUGUCUAACUGCCUUAAAGUUACAGUUUUACUAUUAGUGUAAGAAUAUUAUGAUGAUAAUGAUGAUGAUGAUGAUGAUGAUGAUGAUGAUGAUGAUUAUGUAGUUCCUUGGAACACUUAAAGAUAAGGUUGUUGAAUGAGGGGGUCCAUUUCAAUGUACAGUCUUAUUCAUCUCACUCAUCAUACUCUUAAUAACUUGAACUUUAGUUUGACAUUUGACAUAUGUUUAGGUCUGCAGGUUUUCAUGUGUUUAAAUAUCUUCAAAUCUCCUGCUCUACCUCCAUUGUGAAGUUUAAACUGUGCUUUAUUCAAACUGUGUGACUUGAAAUACUGAGCUGUAGCUGUUGUUGUUGAGCUCCCUCUGCUGCCUUAACCUGGGAAUAUUGUGAUGAGUCAUUACUGUAUCAAGACUUUUGUCCUUGCUGCAAACAUCUUUCUGUUUCAUGUCCAGUGCAAUUGUGACACUUGACUUGAAGCUGAUGUUCUAACUGACUGUGUUCAAAAAACAUAUUGAUCUGUGUGUGGAACUUUUGCAAUGUCAUGGUGCUGCAGUGCUUCCGAUAAACCUGCUGUUCUCAUUCCAAAAAGCUCACAUCUAAAGUAAAUAUUAACAUCUGAAUUUGAAUACUUGAACACUGGCUGUCUUGCUAUUAUAUUAGUGUUAGCAUAUUUCUAACUGGGUAAAUGAUGUGGCAUAGCAGCAUCUUAUCCCCAUACAGAGUUUGUAUACAUUUUGAGGAACCUUUGAUGAAUUCAUAUUUUUACACAGAAAGGAAAAGAAUGAAAAUAAAAAGCCAUUUUGAGAUUGUAUUAGUACAAGAGUCUCACAGAAAAAGAAAAAAAAGCUAAACUAUUAGAAACCAUUAUCUCCUUGGUUAUACAAAAACAAAAGAGCUGCUCAAACAAAGAAAGCAGUUAGAAAUCUUUCAUGAAUUAUUAUUUUAUAAAUAAAAAAUGCUUACUACAGUCCAACAAAACAUUAUAAUAAAGUAAACAAGGUGUGACUUGAACCCCACCCCUGUGCUUCUGGAUCAUCUUCUGUUUACUAGGAUUUGUUCAGUUACUCAACUGCAGGUGUGACAGGAGAAACCUGGCAUUUAUCCCUGUAUUUGAAUGAUUAAGAAAGGCCAUGAGAAUACUUGGAAUUUGAUAUCUUUACAGAAUCAACAUGACAGACAAAAACAACACUGGAACAUCUCAGCGGUACUGUAAACUGGUGGUAAAAUCACUCUUUGGUACUGUUUUUCCCAUAGGCUGAAACUGGGACAUAUUUAUGGAAAUAUCAUCUGUUCAUCUUCAACAGCUUAUUCCUUUUAAAAGGAACUAUAAACCAUCCCCAGUGACCACAGGAGGGUGGGGUACAUCCUAGUCAGUUGUUGCCUGUAACAGACUUGGGUUUGUUUUCAAUUAUGAUGCACUACAGAUCAAUGUUUUUGUUGAAGAUGGAAAACGUUCUAAACUAAAGAAGAAAACAUUAGUGCCAUUGUACAUUUUACGACCUGGCAUUAGACCUAUAAUGGAGGUUAAACUGUAGUAUUUAUAAUUAUUGAUAACCCUGUUGUACUCUAAAGGUAGAGUUGGUUAUUUAGCACUGAUCUACCUUUAACACACAUGCGAGGGCUUUGUAUGAUUAUUUUAAUUUAAAAAAAAAUACCCGUGAUGUAUUUCCUUGGUACGUAUUAUAGGCUGUUCACGUGCUUUCCAUGUACCUGUAAUCAUUAAACCCGCUGACUGCCAGUCAUCUAAGCCCACACGGUAGCGUGGAUCUUAAUAAUGCAUGCGUGUGCAUGUGCAGUCUUGCCAUUACGACCCCAGUGUGGGGGGUAUUUAUCGGUAUUUGCAGCCACCCAACACCUUUGUGCGGGGAUGGCGCUCUAACACCGCCGUUUCCGUUGGAGCUGCUGUUGUUUGGCUGCCGGCUGUGACGCGCAGACACUUGCAGUCUGCUCUCCCAUCACAGUGCUGCUCUGCCUCGCCCGAACACAGCGCACCAUCCCGUCAGUCCUCUGGAGAUCUGACAUCACGUCGCAUCCUCGAUGCUAUAAUCAAGGACGAACUCCUGUCCAGAGCAGCGUUUAAAGGGCGUGGCCCUGUGGGAAUAUUGACACACGGAAUAUGUGCUAAUACCGCACAGAAAGGAUUGUUGUUUUUUUCAUCCAGCUGACAGCUUCUCAUGUACACAGUGAGCACCAGCUCGGGGAACCCUUCCCUGCACUGCUCCAUGUCUUCCUCGGCUGAUUUCUCAGACGAGGAUGAUUACAGCCUUAAAUCCGGCUCGGCAUCACCGGCUCCCGGGGACACUUUGCCCUGGAACCUGCCCAGACAUGAGCGAUCCAAGAGGAAAAUCCAGGGAGGAUCCAUCCUGGAUCCCGCGGAGAGAGCAGUGUUGAGGAUCGCAGAUGAAAGAGACAGAGUGCAGAAGAAGACAUUUACAAAAUGGAUAAAUCAGCAUCUACUGAAGGUACGGAAGCACAUAAAUGACUUGUACGAAGACCUGCGAGAUGGGCAUAACCUGAUCUCACUGCUGGAGGUUUUGUCUGGAGACACAUUGCCAAGGGAGCGUGAUUUUCUGAAGACGUUACGGUUGGUGAGUGGGACAGACGCAUGUGCAGUUGAGAAGCAUGGCGACACGGUGGAUGAUGAUAAGGGGCCACGGGAAAGAGGGAGGAUGCGUUUCCACAGACUCCAGAAUGUACAAAUAGCACUGGAUUAUUUAAAAAGGCGGCAGGUCAAACUUGUAAAUAUCAGGAAUGAUGACAUCACAGAUGGGAAUCCCAAACUGACCCUGGGACUGAUCUGGACUAUAAUUUUGCACUUUCAAAUCUCGGAGAUCCAUGUGACAGGGGAGUCCGAGGACAUGACAGCCAAGGAAAGGCUGCUGCUCUGGUCCAAGCAGAUUACGGACGGAUACGUCGGCGUACGGUGCGACAACUUCACAACAUCGUGGAGGGAUGGGAGGCUGUUUAACGCCAUUAUUCACAAAUACAGGCCUGACCUGGUUGACAUGAGUCGUGUCUCCACUCAGACCAGCCGGUCAAAUUUAGAGCAGGCAUUUUGUGUAGCUGAACAACUGGGGGUGGCCAGACUGCUCGACCCUGAGGACGUUGAUGUUCAGUCUCCCGAUGAAAAAUCCGUCAUCACAUACGUCUCCACACUUUACGAUGCCUUCCCUAAAGUACCGGACGGUGUUGAUGGAAUCAGUCCUAAUGAUGUGGAUAUCAAAUGGGUGGAGUACCAGAACAUGAUCAAAUACCUCAGCCAGUGGAUCAGACACAAUGUGGCCCUAAUGUCAGACAGAUCAUUCCCCAACAGCCCUGUGGAAAUUAAGGCACUUUAUACGCAGUAUUUACACUUUAAAGAACAUGAAAUCCCACUGAAAGAAAAUGAGAAGACGAAGAUAAAAAACCUCUACAAAAUGCUCGAGAUGUGGAUCGAGUUUGGGCGGAUCCAGUUACCUCAGGGUCACCACCCCAACGAUGUGGAGAAGGAAUGGGGUAAACUGAUUGUUGCAAUGCUGGAACGGGAGAAGAGCCUGAGGCCUGAGGUGGAGAGGCUCGAGAUGCUGCAGCAGGUUGCCAACAGGGUUCAGCGAGACUGUUUGAAUGGAGAAGACAAGCUGGCACUGGCACAGAUCGCCCUGCAGUCUGAUGCAAAACGACUGGAGUCUGGGAUUCAGUUCCUGCAUGAAGCAGAAAUCGCUGGCUACUUGUUGGAAUGCGAGAACAUCCUGAGGCAGCAGGUGGUGGACAUCCAACUUCUCCUGGACGGAAAAUUCCCUUUUGCAGAUCAGCUUGUUCAAAGGGUGUCAAGGCUGCGAGACGACCUUCUAAGCCUGAGGGCUGAAUGUUCUUCUGUGUACAGCAAAGGACGAACUCUGACAACAGAACAGACCAAAAUGAUGAUCUCAGGCAUCACACAAAGUCUGAAUUCUGGCUUCUCCCAAAGCAUGGGCACAAACCUGACACCAGCUCUCACUCCUGCACUCACCCCCGGAGGGUUCGGCACUCCCGGUUCUACCUUCACCUCUAGCCUUACUCCAUGUUUGACCCCAUCCUUGACUCCCGCGUUAACCCCUGGCUUGCAGCCUUCGACGGUGCAGAGCUACAUGGGCGGUGGUGGCACUGUGGAUCCUGGAAGCCUCAGGCAUUUGAAACACUUGCAGAUCCGUAAACCUCUGCAGAAAUCCUCACUGGCCGACCCCAAUCUGACAGAGGAGGAGGUCAACAUGAAGUACGUUCAGGAUCUUCUGAUGUGGGUGGAGGAGAUGCAAAUGCAGCUGGAUCGCUCUGAGUGGGGAUCGGAUUUGUCCAGUGUGGAGGUGCAUUUAGAAAAUCACAAAAGCAUCCACAGAGCUAUCGAAGAAUUUCAGAUGAGCCUUAAAGAAGCCAAACUGAGUGAAAUCCAGAUGACCAUUCCACUGAAACUCUCGUAUUCAGACAACCUGAAAAGACUGGAAAAGCAGUAUGAAAAGCUAUUGAACUCUUCAAGGGAGCGACAGAAUCACCUGGAGAGCUUGUACGACUUUGUGUCACACGCCACGCAGGAGCUCAUCUGGUUGAAUGAGAAGGAGGAGGAGGAGGUGGCCUUCGACUGGAGCGAUCGCAACAGCAACAUCGCCAAGAAAAGAGACUACCAUGCUGACCUGAUGAAGGAGCUUGAUGAAAAGGAGGAAACCAUCAAACUGGUGCAGGACAAAGCAGAACGCCUCCUGUUCAAGAGUCAUCCAGCCAGGAUAACCAUCGAAGCCUACAGAGCUGCCAUGCAGACACAGUGGAGCUGGAUUUUGCAGCUCUGCUCGUGUGUUGAACAGCAUCUCAAGGAGAACGCGGUUUAUUUUGAAUUUUUCACUGACGCCAAAGAGUCCAUUGACUACCUGAAGGGCCUGCAGGAUGCCAUUCAAAGGAAGUACAGCUGUGAUCGAACAAGCAGCCUACACAGGCUGGAGGACCUCAUUCAAGAGUCAAUGGAUGAGAAAGAGCAGCUCCUUCAGUACCGCAGCACUGUGGCUGGGUUAGUUGGCAGAGCUAAAAAUAUUGUGCAGCUCAAACCCAGGAACCCUGAAAUGCCCGUGAGGUCGUCCCUCCCCGUAAAAGCCAUCUGUGACUACCGUCAAAUCGAGAUCACCAUUUACAAAGAUGAUGAGUGCAUUUUGGCCAAUAACUCCCACCGCGCCAAGUGGAAAGUCAUCAAUCCUGCAGGGAACGAGGCCAUGGUGCCUUCGGUUUGUUUCACUGUGCCUCCACCCAACAGAGAGGCCACUGACAUGGCAACCAGAAUGGAGCAACUGUAUCAGAAUGUUCUGGCCCUGUGGCACCACUCCCACAUCAACAUGAAGAGUGUGGUCUCCUGGCAUAAUCUAAUGGCUGAUAUACGAGCCAUCCGUAAAUGGAAUGUAGCCUCGAUAAAGACCAUGUUACCUGGUGAGCACCAGCAGGUCCUAAGCAACCUGCAGUCCCAUUUUGACGAGUUCCUGGAAGACACCGAGGAGUCUGAGGUAUUCACUCUGGCAGACUGCACCCAGCUGGAGAGAGACGUGGCAGCCUGCAAAGAGUACUACCAGGAACUGCUCAGAUCUGCAGAGAGAGAGGAGCACGAAGAGUCGGUCUACAAUAAUUACAUCUCGGAAAUACGCAACUUCCGCAUGCAUCUGGAGGCCCACGAAGAACACAUGAUCAGGCAAAUCCGCACGCCGCUGGAGAGAGACGACCUUGACCAGAGUCUUCAGCGUAUUGCGGAGCACGAGAGAAAGAUGGCAGAGCUGAAUAAGCUGAAGGAGGAUCUGGACGUCCUGAAGGAGAAGUGUGAACUCUUCCUCAGACAGGCUGCAGGGUCUCCGUCAGCUCCCACUCUGUCCUCUGAGCUGACAGUCCUCGUUCAGAGCAUGAGCCAAGUCUACUCCAUGUCUUCCAUUUACAUGGACAAACUGAAAACAGUGAGCUCAGUGGUGAAGCUAAGCCAAAACUCAGAGUUGCUAGUCAAAACCUACGAAUCCAAACUCUACGGCGAAGACACCAUCAACUCAGACGUCAAAUCCACCGAGGCUGUCAUUUCAACGCUUAAGCAAUGGCGAACAGAGAUCGAUGAGAAACAGGAGAUGUUCCAUGAUUUGGAGGAUGCUCUGCAGAGGGCUCGACUUAUCAGCGAGCGCAUGUUUAAGGUGCACAACGAGCGUGACUUCGACCUGGACUGGCACAAGGAAAAAGCUGACCAGCUGAACGAACGAUGGCAGAACAUUCACUCUCAGACUGACAACAGACUUCGGGACCUGGACAGCAUCAAUAAAUCUCUGAAACACUACAGAGAGACUUACACCAGUCUGGAUGAGUGGGUGAGAGAAAUGGAAGUAGCACAGCUAAAAACACAAGAAAACAAACCAGAGGACAGCAAGGCACUGGCUGAGCUUCUUAACAAACAGAAGGUCCUUGUGGCUGAAAUUGAACAAAAACAAGGUUCAAUAGAUGAAUGUCAAAAAUACUCAGAGCAAUAUUCAUCUGCCAUCAAGGAUUAUGAACUUCAGCUGAUGACCUUCAGAGCUAUGGUCGACUCCCAACACAAGUCUCCCCUCAAGAAACGGAAGAUGCAGAGCUCUUCUGAUGCCAUUCAGCAGAAGUUCAUGGAUCUCAGGACACGAUACACUGCUCUCGUCACUCUGAUGACACAGUAUGUGAAGUUUGCCAGUGAAACACUGAAGAGAACUGAAGACGAGGAGAGAUCUGUUGAUGAGGAGAAGAGAGAGCACACUGAUAAAGUUAGUAAACUAUUGCACUGGGUGAAACAGACCACAAACACUGAUGGCUCUGCUGUGGCAGACAGCAAUGCCAACACUGAUGCUUCUAAUAAACACAAGGCAUCAGUGGAGGAAAUGGUCACGAAGAAGGAACAGAUUGCAGAAGCACUGAGAGCCACACAAACGAUGCUGAGCAAACACAGCGACAAAAUGACUGAAGAGGAGAGAGAAGAGGCCCAGGAGCAGAUGAAGGCACUGAACCAGGCGUACAGUGAAGUCUCACAGCAGUGUUUGGACCAGACCACGUCUGCAGAAGAGGAUCCCAAUUCAAGCCUUGGGAAUGCUGAGCUUGGUAGUGGAACCAAUGGUUCACUGACAGCUCAGUUGAUGAGCAAUGGUCAACAUGUGACCUCUGAUGCUUCCAAACGUAACCCUGGUUACAAAUCAACCCCAAUCUCUGAGGUGACUGAUGCCAAUAAGUGCAUACAGAGCUCACACGUCUCCUCUGUCUUCCUCUCUGACGUAGCAGCAGCUACGAAAAGGCCGACAUGUGAUGAUCUGGUCAUCAAGGUAAUAGAGGUCACCCCAGACAGUGAUGGGGUGAAGGUGUGCUACACAGGUAGCCAACUGACCCCGGAGCAGGCACUUCAGUCAGGUGUAAUACCUGCCUCAGUCUUUAUAGAGAUUCUCCAAAGACGACAGACCUGCCGGGAUUUGACCAUUUCUGAAUGUGCUGACGGUGUGUCACUCUCAGGGCAUGAGCUGGAGUUGGAUCAGAGCAGCAGACUGAUGGGAGCGAUCCUCAACAGAAAUAAAAACCUGAAACCAGGGAGGAAUGUGAACAUUCUGACGCCUGUUAGUGAUGGUUUAGGUGAUCAGGUGACUAGGUCACGUUUCUCUGAUGCUCAGUUAAGUGUUAGCGCUGAUUUAGACGAUCAAAGCAAAAGGGAAAUGAAGGAAGUUAGUGACAGUGUGAAAAUGGACGCAGCCGUUCAGUGUGACCUGAUGCGCUCCAGCAGCACACUUCUCGUACUGGGAAAUAAGCAGCAGUUUAUCGGACUUGUGUUGCCUUACUCUGGGGAAACUCAAACUGUUUCCACCUCAAUCUGCUGCUGUGAAGAAACCAGCAGCAGUGACUAUACCAGCAGUGUCUUCAGCAACUUGCAAAAGAUAGUAGGUUUUUAUAUUCCUGAAACUUCAGAGAUAGUAGACAUCACCACCGCCAUAGGUAAAGGCUUCACUGACAGUUACACAGCAAAUAUUUUAAAAUCCAUUGAACUUCCCGAUGCAUUUCCUGAUCUCGAUUACCUCAAUCAGAAGUUUUCAUCCUGGCUCAUGUAUAAAAAACUUAGAAUCGAUGGAUUCUAUAAGGAUGCAGAGAACAUACGAGUUGAAUUCAUCCCCAGUCCCACUGAAGCAAGGAAUCUGUUUAUCUCUUACCUGAUGAUGAACAGUUUCAUUGAUCCACAAUCAGGACAGCGGGUUCUCAUACUGGACAAGCAGCUGACAAAAACCAUUAGGUACUUCCUUGAUGAUUUAAUAUUUUCAGAAACCCCUGAUCAAAAUGUUAGUUCUUUGACAGUUAAUGCUGGCAGUCGUUCUGAACAGCUGAGAAUUCGUGAGGAAACAGAGGAAGAAAUUGACAGUGUGCACACAUUUGAAGAUUGGGAAUUUGUUUCUAAAUCAAAUGGUAGGAUUAGCUUCACUGAGCAGACCAAACAUUCCUGCGAUUCUGAUUUGUCAGAAAAACUGGGGGUAACCUUUGAUAGAAAUACACAAAAGCUUUUUGAUCCUUUAGUUUUUCCCUCAGACAACUGCAGUAUCAUGUUUGAUGAGCAAUCACAACCAACACGUGAUCUUUAUGAACUUACUCCCUCAAACAAUGGCAGAAAUGUCACUGAUGGAAGCGCACAACAAAUACAUGAGCCACAUGAUUCUGUUUUUUCAGAUAAUGUAAGGGUCCUCUUUGAUGAAAGCCCACAACAGUCCUUUGAUUCCCAUGAUUUUGUUACUUCAGACUGCGGCAGGACUGUGUUUGAUACAGAAUUAAAAUAUAAUCAUGAUUUAGUUUCCUCAGAUAAUCUGAUGAUUUAUCAAAAUCCCCCAAACAGCAGAGUUUCCUCUGUUGAUAAUCACCAACAAGCCUUUGAUCCAAAUAGUUUGGUUUGCUCGGAAAAGGUGGGAGUUGCCUUUGGUGAUGAUCAGAAACAGCCUUUUGAUUCCAGCAACUUAAUUUCCAAAGACAAUGACAGAAUAACAUUGGACAGAGAAUCACAACAGGUGUUUGAUUCCCAUGAUUUUGUUGCCAUUGACGAAGUGAAGUUGUCCUCUGAUGAAAGUACACACCAGCUCUGUGAUCCUCAGAAGUGUGUUUCUUCAGAAAAAGAGAGCAUUACCUUUGAUGAUAAUUUAAAGAAUCCCUGUGAUUCACAAAAUUUACUUUGUACAGAAAAGGCGAGUGUUGCAUCGGACGGUAACCAACAACAGAACUUUGAUCCCCAUGACAAUGAUUCCUUAGAGGUUACCCUUGAUGAUAAUGCACAGCUGCCCAUUGAUCCCCACAGUUUUAUUUCCUCGGAAAAAGUAAACAAUGCCUUUAAUAAUAAUCAGCAGCAGCCCUUUAAUCCCCUUAAUAUUGUUUCCCCAGAAAAAGUGUGGGUUAGCAUUAACAAUAAUUCACAACUACCCUUUGAUGGCUAUGAUUUUAUUUCCUCGGAAAAGACAAGUGUUACCAGUGCUGAUAAAAUACAGCAGCUGAUUGAUCCUCGAAAUUCUGUUUCCUCAGAAGAAAUGCCUGAUGCCUUUGAUGGAAAUUCACAGCAGCUCUUUGAUCUACACGACUUAACUGAUCCUUCUGAUUUACUUAUCUCAGAAAAUCCCCAAGAUUGUGUUUCCUCAGCUGAUGGAAUUGCACAGGAUGAGCAACCAUAUCACACACUUGGUUCUCAUAAUUGUUUAUCCAUAGAAGAACUGAGGGACACCUUUGAUGACAGUCAACAGCAGCCAUUAGAUUCCUCAAAUCUUGGCAUAAUUACUUCUGACGAGCAGUUACAACAUACUGUAAAUCCUCAUGAUUUUAUUUCAUCAGAAAAAGUCAGAGUUAUAUCUGAUGAUAAAUCCUUUGAUACGUCAUUUGAUCCACAGAACAUUGUUUCCUUAAAGAAUAUGAAAAUCAAGUUGGAUCAGGAAUCACAACUCAAAUGUGAAAGCGAGUGUUUUACCUUCAGUAAUGAAUCACAGCACUCAUUUCAUUAUAACGAAUAUGUUUCUUCAGGUGAGGAAAACACAAAUCUCAAAUUUUCUGUUGAUCUGAUUUCAGCAGACAUUGAGGAAACCACACUGAGUGACAACACAUGUUCAGAUGAACCAGAUAGUUUUGAAAAACGUUCUGAUUCUUCUAGUUCUGAUAUAAGAAGGAAAGGUGUGUUCGAUAAUACCACAGAUUUGACAGAGUCAAGAGACAAGACCUGUGAUAACAGUAGGUUACAGGUAGAUAAAGGAGACACUAUUCCAGCUCUUAGGGAGUGUAUGCCUUCUAUAUCGACAUGUGUGGGAAGCACAAAUACUGACUCAUCAUCUGGGAAGUGGGAUUUAGAGUCUGCGGAGAAAGCGUUCUCUCAGACUGCAGAACAUCUUAACGCUGAGUCAGUGUGCGGUAUAUCAGAAUCCUACGAUGUUGAAUCUGCUGAGUUUUUAUGUGCUGAGGACUUGUUAAGUGAACAUGGGAGAGUGAAUUCUAGUCCAGACAUAGGAUCUACAUUGGAGGUGAUGGAAGUUUCAGGUGUUAAUUCUGAAAUAUAUAGUAUUAAUUUGGAUGCAGAUUCCAAAUCUAGUCAAAUUGAAAAUACAACAGAGGAGUUGUUUGAUGUACAAUCAGAACAAAGGCAGGGUGAUGGUGGAGAUCAGGAGCCCUCUCUGUCUUUUAAUCAACAGACAACAAAAGAGGAACUCAGUUGCCCAAAGCUCUUUGUUCCUACAAUGGUGGAACAAAUCUCUGUACAGUCUGAUGACACUGGACAUGGUGCAUUAGGUGUGAGAACUAUAGUCGCUUUGAACUCCAAAUCUGACUUUUACACAGAAGGAAAACUAGUUGACCAUGGCUCAGAUCAGGUUGUACACGCUGAGGACCAAAAUGCGGGUCAACAUAAGCAAGAUGUUCCUGUGUUAACUAGAAUAGAAGCAGGAGAUCUUUCAGAUGUUGAAUCUGGGAUAUAUUAUGACAGUGAUGCAGCUGUAAACGAAGGCCAACAUGAUGACGAGGCACUACAACCGGUUAGCCUACAGUCUGAUCAGGAAGAAGGUGUCGCUUUUUCAAAUGGUUCCAGUUCCCCCAAUGUUUCUGAGUCUAUAAUGGAAGAACAAACCCUGAUGCAGCCACAAUGUACUGAUGGUUACAGUGAACUAUCUUUACAGCCUGGAGGGAUUUCUGAAGGACUUGGCCUGCAAUCUGAAUCUGACUUUUACCCAGAAGAUGUUGUAGUGGAAAUGAACCCAAAUAAGUUAGUAAAUGCAGAGGGAUUGGAGGUUCAACAUGAGCAAGAUUAUGUUACUUAUGUACUAAAAACAGAAGUUCGAGAAGAAGGUGGUUCUGAUGGUAAAUCUAAGAAAUGUUAUGAAGAUGCAGCUCUCAGCAGAGGCCAACCUGGUAACACAGCAUUAGGAAUGGAACCUGAUCUACAGGCAGAAGAAGAGGGAGGUGUUAGUGGAGAUCAGGUGGACCUAGAAAAACAGCCAUUGUCAGAUAUUCCUAUUAUGGAAGAACAAACCCUGUUGUUGCAAGGUAACACUGUUAGUUUGAUUGAGUCUUUGGGGUCCACAGUUACUGAGACUGUAAACAGUCUAGAUUCAAAGUCCAAUUCAAGAGACGAUUGGAGCCAAUCAUUGUCUAUUGAUCACCAUCUGACAAAUGGCGACGAAAAUGCAGAGUGUUCGACUGAAGAGAAGACUGCAGACAUGGUUAAGAAAUUCACAAAAGAGGAGGCACACGCAUUAGAUAAUGUGACACUAGACAAUGUAGGAGAUAAGAGUGAUGAUCAACAACCUCCCAGUCCUUCUGUGUCUGGUCUCAGUUCUCCAGUGAGCUCACUCUCCAUAUGUGAUCAGGUUACAUCAGAGUGCAUCUGUCUCGCAGACACAUCACCAUUAGUGGUUGAAGAUGUGGACCCAUUGAUCCCAGUCAAUACCCAGCAGACAGAUAGAGCUGAUGUAUCCAGUCAUGAGAUAGUAAGUGUCUGUACUUCUGUAGUCAGUGACAGAACCACUGACAUCAGCCCUGAUCCAGGAAGUGGCACUAGUCGCUCUUGUAAAUCCGACUCACUCAUUCAACAUCAUUCUGUCAGUGCUGAACACGUUCCCCUGUCAAGUACUGAAUCACUGAGGGAGCGUGGCACAGACCAGGCGUCACCACAUCACCCCGCAUUGCCUGGGGAAACAGAAAUGGUGAAAAACACGAGUGAUGUUGAGUCACUUUUAAAGAAUGAGCUAACCCCCAAUAUUUAUGACUCAUCUCCCCGGGGUUUGACUGAAAAUGCAGUUACCUCAGUGUCCGGGCGUGAUUGUAGCUACGGUGAAAACAUUACAGAUGAUGGCAGUGGAAGUGCAUUAGCUCAGAACAUGGGAAUUAACUCUGGGAGUGAUUUUAUUGUUGUCCCUGCUGAUUCUCAAACCUCAACUUCUCAAAAUGGUCAAACAUCUCCACAGCAGAGCUCCUCUCAGUUACUAUCUGGUGAAGAUUCUCCUGAAUCACAACAGACCAAUAAGGAAUUACCUGACAUAAGGCACGGUGAUGAGGACGAUUUAUGCCCAGACAGACUUUCCCCAGAGAUGCAACAUCAGUUCCCUGUCAGUCAUUCUGAACAGCUUUCAGGGUCAGUGCAGGUGAAAGAUGAGGUCAUUGUGGAUGGACGUGAGUGCAGUUUAAAUCUACCCUCUGUGUCUUCAGACAACGGCUCAACACAGUCUGACAGUAGAAAAGUUGAGGAAUUAGGAUCUGAAAAAUCACCCACAGCUACUGGUGCACAGACAGACCUCAGCAACACACCGGCUGUUCCCUCUCCAGCUCCAUCAGUGUUUUCUAUUGCCAUGGAAACACAUGCAGAUAAUCAGGAGGAAACUCAGCCUAAAAGAACUGAAAGUGUCAUCGGUACAAUCAAUGAUCGUCCUCCAUCAGUGGGAAAAGAUGACUGUAAUAAAAGCGACACAAUUCAUGGACAGGUUGACAGCAAUCACUCAGUUCUUAUCAAGGAUUUGCAAAAGGAAAAUACCAGUUUGAAUGACAGUGUGAAGGAAAAUACUGAAUUUACGAUGAGUGAGAGGUCAGAACAGAAUGAUGCUCCAAAUAUCCAGCUGCAACCUAUGCAGGUUCAAGAGCUGUCAGUGCUUCAGGAAGCAAUGGGUACUCUGAACAGUGCCCCUAGUGGGGACUGUCAAGACAACCAGCUUGGCACGCUGGACAGCAUCAUGAAGGAGAGUCCGGAGGCAGAGGGUGAAAGAGCUCCGGAAGAAAACUUGUCUCCUCAAACAGAUGCCUGCCAACAGGAGGAGGCCAGAAAUAAGUUUCCCUCUCAGCUGUUCUCCAUCCAGGACUACUUGGAGUGUGUUGGGCGACUACAGGAUCACGCCGAUGUUUUAGAAGAUCUAAGAAAUGAUAUUUCAACUCCAGCAGCUGUUACAAAUAAUAUGGAUGAACUACAGGUCCAAAUAGAGGAGUGUCAGUCUGUUGAGUCCCAACUGUCUGAACUAGCUGACGUCUUGGCAAUAGAUAUGGAAAAAGCCAAAUUACUCCUAAGUUCUGCUAAUGAAGACAUUCCUGUACAAAUCCACCAAGAUUUGGCCUCAGCACAUCUGGAAUUAGAGGCAAAUGUUACUACUGUUUCCCAACUGUGUGAAGAAAAGAGUCACUCAUUCAUCCAAGCAAUGGAAAGAGAGAAGGUUCAGUUGAAAUCAAAGUACCAGAAACAUCUGACUGAUCUGGAUGAGCUGGCAGGCCUGGUCCAAAAAUACUCUGAAAUCCAGGAUGUGGAUUUGAACGCAUGUGAUGUGGAUUCACUUAAUCAGAUGAUCCAGCAGAGCAAGGACACAGAAAGCAGAUUGCUGAAAGAAGUCAGACACAGUUUGGAGGAUGUCACAUUUGACAUCCAGUGCUUUAUUUCUGAGCAUGCUCAGUUCUUGAGUGCAGCUCAGAGCAGCCACCUCCUCAAGUUCCUCAGCAGUACUCAGAGAGCUCUGCGGGACCAGACGGAAAAGAUCGUAACUCAUAGGACAACCUUAGAACAUGUAUUGGAGACGAAAGAGAACGAAAGCCAUGCAAAGUCUCUGUUAGAAAAGCACAAGCAGUUGACAGACAAACUGGAGGACGUGUGUGGCAAUCUCACCUUGACUGAGAACCGCCUGAUUGGUCAUCAGCAGCAGGCUGAAAACACAGAGAGUGUCACGGAUCUGCAGCAGUACCAGCAAGAACAUCAGGCUCUGCAAAAAGACGUGCUGACAAACGCCAGCGCCUUGAAUGAGGUCAUCAGCAGCACCAAACUGUUUCUGGAGGAAAAUCGGAACAAGCUGACGCCAGAUCAGAUUGCAACUAUUGAAAGCAAGUUGGAGGAGGCGAAAAGCAAAGCUAAGCUCAUCAACGAGAGAGCAGAGGAGUCCAGGAAAGACCUGGAGAAGGCUGUGACCACAGCCAUCAAACAGGAGAGUGAAAAGGCUGCAGCUGUUGAGAAGCUUGAAGAGAGCAAGAACAAAAUUGAGGGUCUUCUUGAUUGGAUCUCCAACAUUGGAAAUGAAAACGAGAAUGUUUUAAAUCACAAUGACCGCAUAAGUAAUGAAAACGGAAACUUGCCAGAGCAAACAGCCGCCAAAGGAAUAUUAGAAGAGAACGAUGAUGCCAAUGGGAACGCUCCACAGACCACUGAAAAUGAUUCUGGCAAAGAGACUGGAGGCAAGAGUGAUGCAUCUCUGGACCUGGAUAAGCAAUAUGAAAGGGUCAAGGGUCAUCAUCAGCAAAUUCUGUCCCAGCAGCAGGAUUUACUCCUGGCUACCCAGUCAGCACAAGCUCUUCUUGACAAGCAAGCCAAUGUGUUGUCUCCAGAGGAGAAGGACAAGCUGCAGAAGAACAUCCAAGAACUGAAGGGACGCUACGAGGCCUCACUGACGCAGGCCGAGCAGCAGAUGAAGCAGGUGCAGUGUGUCCAGGAGGAGCUGAAGAAGUUCCAGGGUGACUGUGAGGAGUUUGAAGGCUGGUUAGAUCAGGCCGAGGGACAGAUCGAGGACCUGGGUGCUCCUGCAGGAUCUCUUAAUAUCCUGAGUGACAAACUGCAGCAACAAAAGGUUUUUGCAGAGGAUGUGAUUUCCCACAAAGGAGAUCUUCGCUUCAUCACGAUCUCAGGACAGAAGGUUCUGGAUGUGGCUAAAGCAUGUGAACAGAGUGAUCCAGCGGCUAAGAACACCCCGAUGUUUGUUGACACGUCAGGAACCUGUUCUGCUGUCAAGGAUAAACUGGACUCUGCAGCGAGUCGUUACAAAACACUACACUCACAGUGCAAUCAGCUUGGCAACAACCUCAAAGACGUGGUUGACAAGUACAAGAAAUAUGACGACUCCAGCGCUAGUCUUUUCAAAUGGCUCAACAGUUCAGAGGAAGAGGCGAGGAAGCAGCAGUCAGAGACCAUAGCUGCCGACCCACAAACACUCCAGAAGCAGCUGGAAGAGACCAAGGCUCUCCAAAGUAAAAUGACAGGACAGCAGACGGCUGUUGAGACACUACGCAAAACAGCCGAGUCUUUGAUAACAUCUGAGGGAGAUCUGCUGACCAACCCAGAGGAAAUCCAGGAGACAGUAGAUGACAUCGCGGAGCGCUACGACAACCUGUCCAAGUCUGUCAGCGAUCGAAAUGAGAAACUGCAGAUCACUCUGACUCGCUCCAUGAGCGUCCAGGACGGUUUGGAUGAGAUGAUGGCAUGGAUGCAGGGGGUGGAGGCCAGUGUGGAGGAGAAGGGACAAAUUCCACUGGACUCUGCAUCUAUUGGCGAUAUCCUCAGCAGAGAAGCGGCGUUAGAGCAGGACAUCGCAAGUCGCCAGAGCAGCAUCUCAGCCAUGAAGGCCAAGGUGAAAAAGUUUGUGGAGACGGCAGACCCUUCAGCUGCUGCUCUCCUGCAGUCAAAGAUGGAAGCUCUCUCCCAGCGCUUCUCCGAUGCCUGCGACAAGCACCAGCGGAAGGUUUCCCAACUGGAGGGGCUGAGAGAAAAAGUGGAACAGUUUGAGUCGAUUGCAGAUAAAGUUCAGCAGUUUGUGGUGAGAUCGACGCAAGAGCUGAACGAAACAGACAGUUCCCUUAAAACCUUUGAUGAAAUGUCGCAGCAGAUGCAGAGCACCAAAACCGAGAUGGCUGAGCACGCAGAUGACUUGGCAAAGCUGCAGCAGCUUUGUAAAGAGCUGUGUGAAAUAAGUCCUGAGGGGAACAAAGCCCAAAUCCAGAGCAAGGUGGAGAAUCUCACCAAUGUUUUCUCCACCUUUAAAGACGGUGUCAAAGAAAAGGAGGAAGAAGUAUCAUCCUGUCAGGAGCAGCUGAAAGAGUUCAGAUCUGCAGCCAGUUCUCUCAACAAGUGGCUGGCGGAGACGAAUGAGAAGGUACCUGCUGUUCAGUCGAGCAUCAGUGAGAAGAGUCUGGAGAAGGACCUGCAAAAAGUCACUGAACUGCUGGAUGACUGGACGUCUAAAGACCCUGCCGUCCAAGACCUGAACAGUAAAGGUUCAUCGCUGUGUAACCUCAUCACUUUCCUCACAUCACCGGCCAAAACAAAGACCCCUAACAAGUCAGCUCUUACUAACGGUGGUGGUCCGAUGAACCAUUUCUACCUAACUAAUAAAGAACUGAUGGAAAUUCAGCAGAACAUGUCAUUUGUCAAUGAGGGAUAUUCGAGUCUCGGGGAAAUGCUGAAGAGUCGAGUUGCUGAGCUGAGCAGCUCAGUGCAGGAGGUGAACGAGGCCCAAAAGGAAACAGAAGACAUGAUGACGUGGCUAAGGGACAUGAAGAAGACAGCAGCAUCGUGGACUAAUGCCGCCACCGAGCGAGACGCAGUCAAAACUCAGCUUGAACAACAGAAGGCAUUUGAAGGCAACAUGAAGCAAAAGCAGGAACAUCUCCAGAAGCUCAGAGAAAAGCUCCUCAACUUGAUUAAAACUCAUCCAAACUCCCCCGAGGCAUCCAAGUGGAAGCAGAUGCUGGCAGAAAUAGAUGCUGCUUGGACAGAUAUCAGUGGUUCUGUGGAGCAGAGGAAGGAGCGACUGGAGCAGUCCAACAAGAACCUGGACACCUUCCAAACAGCAGAGGUGCAGCUCGGUCAGUGGCUCUCAGAGAAGGAACUCAUGAUGAGUGUCCUUGGACCACUUUCCAUAGAUCCAAAUAUGUUGAAAAUGCAGAAGCAGCAAGUCCAGAUUCUGCAAAAUGAGUUUAAGAGCCGUAAACCUCAGUUUGAACAACUGGAGGGCGCUGGAGCAGCCAUUCUAAGUUCCCCAGGAAACCAGGAACACUCCAACGGAAAGCUGGUGAGAGAGCAGCUCGAUGCUAUCAGUCAAAAGUGGCGAGGCCUUACUGGGCAGCUGGACCAGAGAGACAGCCUCAUAGACCAGGCCAUAGUGAAGACGGGUCAGUUCCAGGAGUUACUGAAGAGUCUCAGUCAGGCAUCUGUUCAACUGGAGAACCAGCUGACCGACCAUCAGGCCCACAGCACACAGCCUGAUGCUGUGAAGAAGCAGUUGGAGGACGUCCAUAACAUCACAGCUCAGCUGAGAGAGGAGAAGAAGAAGCUGAAGGAAGCCGAGGUUCUCAACGCAGAGCUGACAGCGAUGGUGACGGAGGACUAUCUGAAAGCAGACUUGACGAGGCAGCUGGAGACGGUCAGCAAACCUUUCAAACAGCUGGAAGAGAAAGCAGCACUAAGGAUUGAGCAGCUGAAUUCAACCUUUGCAAGUUCUCAACAGUUUCAUCAGACCUCCAAAGACUUCCAGUCUUGGCUCUGUCAGCGGCUCCAGGACCAGUCUAAGCCCGAGGUCAUCUCUGCCAAAGCAGAAGUCCUGCAACAAACCUUGGAGGAACACAGUAAACUCCAGAAGGCUCUCAGUGAACACGAAGACAUUUACAACAAAAUCACUGGGGAAGGGGAUUCGCUUCUUCAGAACACUGAUGGUGCAGAGAAGUUGGCACUUCAAGGGCAGCUCAAUACCAUGCUUUCCAACUGGGAGGAGGUAAAAAGGAGCUCGGCAGAGCACGGAGAUAAACUCCAGACUGCUCUUCAGAGGUCUCUGAAGUUCAAGGAGCACACUGACCAGCUCAGCUCCUGGAUUCAGGAGUGUGAAGUCAGUGAAGGCCAAAUCAAACUAACCACUGAUCCGGUGGCUGUUGAGAGCUCUGUGUCCCAGGUCAAAACUCUUCAGAGGGAUGUUGACAAGCACAGGAGGAUGGUGGAGCAGCUGAACAUGGCUGCAGACAGCCUUCUCGAGGUGGCCAAUGUAGACACGCAGCCCGUGAAGGAGGAAAAGGCUAACGUCGGCAAAAGAGUAGACACUUUAGUGGAGAGUCUACAGAGCAAGAAGGAGUCCUUGGAGAGGAUUUCACACACUGUGAAGGAAUUUAAUGAUACCUACAAAGACGCUAGAGGUCAGCUGGAGGGAGCUGAGAAGUAUGUGGGUGCCUAUGAGUCUCAAGGGGUUCAGGGUCACAGCAAUAAGAACCUCACCAACAUGAAAGCCCAACACAAGAGUUUAGAGGGAGUUCAGAACCAAGUAGAGCACCUGAAGAGCUUGGCCAAAGAUCUUGUGGUGAGUGUCCCAGAUGCUGAUGGCGUGACAGACCUGUUACUGCAGGCAGACAGUUUAGAAAAGGACUACAGCACCCUGAACACAAAACUAGAGGAGACAUGCCAGGAGUUGGAGGGUAAACUGCAGGGUAUCGGACAGUUCCAGGUCAGCAUCCGUGAGAUGUUCACACAAUUCACAGACCUAGAUGAUGAACUGGACAGCAUGGCUCCGUUAGAUCUGGACUUGGCUACACUUAAGGGUCAGCAGGACGGCAUCCAGAACUUUGUGUCCAAGCUGCAGGAGUUGAUAACCAACACGGCGAACGCUAGAGACAGCUGUCAGAAGAUGCUCGAGACUGAGACCUCGCCUGAUUUGUUGGGCUUGAAGAGAGAUCUGGACGCUCUGAGUAAACAGUGUGGUAAACUGCUGGACAGAGGGAAAGGCCGAGAGACGCAGGUGAAGACCACUCUCAGCAAGCUGGACGAGCUGUACGUGAAACUAAACCAAGUGGGAGAAAGGCUUUCCAGUGCUGUGGACAAGGAGGCGACGCAGGAGGCAGUUGGCAUGGAGACAGAUGUCAUUGAGCACCAGCUGGAGGCCUUCAAGGCUUUCCAGAAAGAAGACAUUGAUCCUUUGCAGGCCGACCUUCAAGACAUCAACUCUGUCAGUCAGAGUCUGAUCCAAAAUGUUACCAAAGGCACCAGCACCAAGAAGCUUGAAGACGACCUGGAGGGCAUCAACGCAAAGUGGAAUACCUUGAACAAAAAGAUUGCUGAACGCUCGGCCCAGCUGCAUGAGGCCCUGUUGCGUUGUGGUAGAUUUCAGGAUGCUCUGGAGUCUCUGCUCAGCUGGUUGACAGACACAGAAGAACUGGUGGCCAGUCAGAAACCUCCCUCUGCUGAGUUCAAAGUAGUGAAGGCCCAGAUACAGGAGCAGAAGCUCUUACAGAGGCUGCUGGACGACCGAAAACCCACAGUGGAGCUAAUAAAGAGAGAGGGAGGAAAGGUCGCAGAGCUGGCAGACUCUGUGGAUAAAGACAAGGUUGCCAAAGAGAUUGAAUGCCUAGGGCAGAGGUGGGACGCUCUGCUUAAGAAAGCUGAGAACAGGCACAAACAACUAGAGAGCAUCCUGGUGGUCACUCAGCAGUUCCACGACACCCUGGAGCCUCUGAGUGAGUGGCUGGCCUCCACGGAAAAACACCUGUCCAACUCUGAACCAGUCGGUACAGAGACGUCCAAGCUGGAGGACCAGAUCUCUCAGCACAAGGCCUUAGAGGAGGAGAUUAUGAAUCACAGUAAAGACCUGUUUCAGGCAGUCAGUCUGGGUCAGAUGCUCAGGACUGUGAGCUCAGUGGAUGAUAAGGACUUUGUCCAGUCCAAACUGGACAACAUGCAGGCCAGUUACAUAGAGCUGCAGGAGCGAUGCAGGAGGAAAGCCGAGAUGUUACAUCAGGCUCUGGCAAACGCGCAGCUGUUUGGAGAAGAUGAGGUGGCGCUCAUGAACUGGCUGUACGAGGUGCACACCAGGCUGGGUGAAGUGUCCGUGGAGGACCACAGAGUAGAGGUUCUUGAAAAGCAGCUGGCAGAACAACGGGCACUACAAGGUGAUAUUGAAUUAAGGAAGAAGAAUGUAGAUCAAGCCAUCAGUAAUGGAAUGGAGCUGCUGAAGCAGACAACAGGUGACGAGGUGGUUGUGAUUCAAGGGAAACUUGAUGGUAUAAAAACCAAGUACAGUGAAAUCACAUCCAUGGGUGACAGUGUUCUAAAGACACUGGAGAGUGUUCUGAGUCUCUCUUCUAAACUACACCAAACACACCAGGACCUGAACUCCUGGCUGGAGGCAGUAGAAGCGGAGAUCAGUGCGUUUGCUGAUCAGGAGCCAGUGGGAGAUCAGCUUGUUCAGGCACAAGAAAGACAAAAGGCCUUGCUCAAGGAGACUAAAGACCAAAAACUGGUGGCAGAUAAGCUGAAUGAGUUGAGCGGUUCUCUACUGGAUCUGAUCCCCUGGCACACUCGUGAGAGUCUGGACAAGAUGGUAUCUGAGGACAACGAGCGCUACAGAGUUGUCUGUGACACCGUCACACAGCAGGUGGACCGGAUCAACGCAGACAUAUUGAAAUCACAGCAGUUUGAACAGGCUGCUGAUGCUGAGCUGUCCUGGCUGAGUGACGCUGAGAAGAAGCUGGAGUCAAUGGGCGACAUCAGGCUGGAACAGGAUCAAAACACCACUCAGCUCCAGACACAGAAGAUUUUCUCCAUGGACAUCAUGAGACACAAAGAUGCUGUGGAUGAGAUUGUGAAAAUGGGAAAAGCCAUCAUGAACAGCAAGAGCCCAGAGGAGAAAGAAGUCCUAAUGACCUUGACUCAGGCUCUCCUGGACAAGUACAAUACCGUGAGUCAGCUGAACUCAGAGCGCUGCCUGCAGCUGGAGCGAGCCCACUCUCUGGCCAGUCAGUUCUGGGAGACCUGCGAGGAGAUGUGGCCGUGGCUCCAAGAAACUCUGGGUGCUUUCAGCCAGCUCCUGCCACCUUCCAUCGAGUACGACAAGCUGCGGCAGCAGCAGGAAGAACUCAGGCAAAUGAGAGAGCUGAUCGCCGAGCACAAGCCUCACAUUGACAAGAUGAAUAAGACGGGGCCUCAGUUACUUGAACUGAGCCCAGUGGAGGGAGUUCCCAUCAGAGAGAAGUACACGGUAACUGACCAACUUUACACCAAACUGAAGGCCGACGUCAAGCAGAGGGCAGACACUCUGGAUGAGGCCAUCUCUAAGUCCACCCAGUUUCAUGAUAAAAUCGACCCGAUGCUUGAAUCUCUGGAACGGAUCGCCGAGCGCCUGCGUCAGCCUCCGUCCGUCUCAGUGGAGGUUGACAAGAUCAAGGAUCAGAUCAGUGAAAACAAGUCAGUCUAUGUGGACUUGGAGAAACUGCAGCCUUCGUAUGAAACACUGCGGCAGCGCGGUGACGAGAUGAUCGCUCGGUCUGAAGGAGCGGACAAGGACAUCUCUGCUAAAGUCGUACAAGACAAACUGGACCAGAUGGUGUUCCUGUGGAGCGACAUCCAGGCCCUGCUGGAGGAGCGCGAGUCCAAGCUGCUGGACGUGAUGGAUUUGGCAGAGAAGUUCUGGUGCGACCACGGUGCUCUGGCGGUCACCAUUAAAGACAGCCAGGACCUGCUGAGGGAGCUGGAGGAGCCUGGAGUGGAUCCUUCAGUGGUCAAACAGCAGCAGGAGUUUGUGGAGGGAUUUAAGGAGGAGGUGGACGGGCUGCAGGAAGAACUCGAAGUGGUUCAACACCAAGGUGGAGAACUGAUGGCUGCCUGUGGAGAACCUGAUAGACCUGUGAUAAAGAAAAGUCUUGACGAGGUGGUUUCAGCCUGGGAGAAUCUAAACAAAGCUUGGAAAGAGAGAGGAGAGAGGCUGGAAGAAGCCAUGCAGGCUGCUGUGCAGUUUCAGGACGGCCUCCAGGGGAUGUUUGACUGGGUGGAUAUCCUGGAGAGCAAACUGGAUUCAAUGUCCGCUGUAGGCACAGACCUCGAAACUGUGAAGCAGCAGAUUGUGGAGCUCAAGGAGUUCAAAGGGGAGGCGUACCAGCUCCAAAUCGAGAUGGAGCGCCUGAACCACCAGGCAGGCCUCAUGCUGAAGAAAGCCACAGAGGAGAGCGAUUGCUGUGCCAUUCAGGAACCCAUGUCUGAACUGAAGAUGCUGUGGAACAACCUGGAUGAGAAGAUCAUCAGUCGACAGCACAAACUGGAAGGAGGCCUUCUUGCUUUGGGACAGUUCCAGCAUGCACUGGACGAACUGCUGGCCUGGAUGAGCCACACUGAGGAGCUGCUGGAUGAGCAGAAGAAGACGGCAGGAGACCCUAAAGCUAUUGAGAUCGAGCUGGCAAAACACAACGUUCUUCAGGUCGAUGUUUUGGCUCACAAAGCCACGGUAGAGACGGUGAACAAAGCUGGGAAUGAUCUGGUGGAGUCCAGUGCCGGUGAGGAAGCAUCAGGCCUGAGAACCAAACUGGAGAACCUGGCCCUGCGGUGGACAGCAAUCUUGGAAAAGACAGAUCAGAGGAAGCAGCAGCUCGAGAGCGCUCUGCUCCAGGCCCAGGGUUUCCAUGGUGAGAUAGAAGAUAUGCAGCAAUGGCUGAAAGACACAGAUCGUCAGCUGUUGGCAUCAAAGGCUGUGGGAGGUUUACCAGACACGGCCCGAGAGCAGCUUAACACCCAUCUGGAGUUGUGUUCCGCCCUGGAGGUGAAGGAAGAACUCUACAAGGAGCUGCUGAACAAAGGUCGCCAGCUGCUCAUGAUGCUGCCGGAGGGUUCUCCUGACAGCAACACCGAGCAAGAUCUCGCCAACAUGAAGGACAAAUGGGAGGCGGUGCAGGGGAAGGUCGCUGAGAGAAAGGUGAAACUGGAGGAAGCCUUGAAGCUGGCCACGGACUUCCACAACUCUCUGCAGGACUUCAUCAACUGGCUGACCCAAGCAGAGCAGACCAUCAACAUCGUUUCUCCUGCUUCGCUCAUUCUGGAGACCAUCAUGUUUCAGAUUGAUGAGCAUAAGGUUUUUGUGACAGAGGUCAACUCCCACAGAGAACACAUCAUUGAACUGGACAAGACCGGCACUCAUUUGAAGUACUUCAGCCAGAAACAGGAUGUGGUCCUGAUUAAAAACCUGCUGCUCAGCGUGCAGGGCCGCUGGGAAAAGCUGGUGCAGAAGUCUGUGGAGCGAGGCCGUCUGCUGGACGACAGCAGGAAGAGGGCCAAACAGUUUGAUGAAACGUGGAAUAAACUGAUGGAGUGGUUGGAGGAAUCCGAGAAGAGUCUGGAUUCAGACAUGGAAAUCGCUAAUGAGCCUGACAAAAUCAAACAGCAGCUUUUACAGCACAAGGAGUUCCAAAAAGCUCUGGGAAGCAAACACUCAGUGUACGAUACCACCACGCGAACAGGACGCGCCCUGAAAGACAAGACAUCGCUCCAGGACGAUACUCAGAAACUGGACGAUAUGCUGAGCGAGCUGAGAGACAAAUGGGACACUGUCUGUGGGAAGUCAGUGGAAAGACAAAACAAACUGGAGGAGGCGCUGCUGUUCUCGGGACAGUUUACUGACGCUCUCCAAGCUCUCACCGACUGGCUGUACAGAGUGGAACCACAGCUGGCCGAGGACCAGCCCGUCCAUGGAGACAUAGACCUAGUCCUCAGCCUGAUUGACAACCACAAGGUAUUCCAGAAGGAGAUGGGAAAGAGGACAGGGAGCAUUCAGGCCCUAAAACGUUCUGCAAAGGAGCUGAUCGAGAACAGCCAUGAUGACUCGUCCUGGGUCAAAGUUCAGAUGCAGGAGCUGAGCACCCGCUGGGAGACAGUGUGCAACCUGUCAGUGUCCAAACAGGCCCGGCUGGAGCUGGCCCUGUGUCAGGCUGAGGAGUUUCACUCAAGUGUUCACAUCCUGCUAGAAUGGUUGGCGGAGGCGGAGCAGAGUUUACGUUUCCAUGGCAGCCUGCCUGAUGAUGAAGAGGCUCUGAGGACGCUGAUCGAACAGCACAAGGAGUUCAUCAAGAAACUGGAGGAGAAAAGCAUGUCUUUAAACAAAGCCAUCAGUAUGGGUGAAGCCAUUCUAGGCAUCUGCCACCCAGACUCCAUCACCACCAUCAAGCACUGGAACACCAUCAUUAAAGCUCGGUUUGACGAGGUACAGGCCUGGGCCCGGCAGCAUGAGCAGCGAUUGGCUGCGGCCCUCACUGACAUGUUGACCACUCAGGAGCUACUGGAGAAUCUGCUGAACUGGCUGCGCUGGGCUGAGAGCAGUCUGGACGAUAAGGACAAGGAAGUGCUGCCACAAGAGAUUGAAGAGGUCAAAGGUCUCAUAGCAGAACAUCAGGCGUUCAUGGAGGAAAUGACCAGGAAGCAACCAGAUGUUGACAAGAUCACCAAGACACACAAACGGAAGGCUGCCGUGGAGCCUCAGAACCAGUCACAGAUCCCGGUGCUUGAAAAAGGAAGAACUGGAAGAAAGCGUUCGCCCACACAAACCAUGUACGCUUCUGCAACACAAGCUCACGUUGAAACCAAGAACCCCAGAGUCAACCUGCUGGUCACCAAGUGGCAGCAUGUGUGGCUGCUGGCUCUGGAGCGGAGGAGGAAACUCAACGAUGCUCUGGACAGACUGGAGGAGCUGAAAGAAUUCGCCAACUUUGACUUUGACGUGUGGCGGAAGCGUUACAUGCGCUGGAUGAACCACAAGAAGUCCCGUGUCAUGGACUUCUUCCGUCGCAUCGAUAAAGAUCAGGAUGGCAAAGUGACCCGACAGGAGUUCAUAGAAGGCAUUCUCUCCUCCAAAUUCCCCACUAGUCGUUUGGAGAUGAGCGCCGUCGCAGACAUCUUCGACAGAGACGGCGACGGCUACAUCGACUACUAUGAGUUUGUAGCAGCUCUUCAUCCCAACAAAGACGCCUACAAACCACUGACAGACGCAGACAAAAUCGAAGAUGAGGUUACACGUCAAGUAGCAAAAUGCAAAUGUCCGAAGAGAUUCCAAGUGGAGCAAAUCGGUGCCAACAAAUACCGGUUCUACCUUGGAAAUCAGUUUGGUCUGGUUCACUGCUUACAUGACUCCUUAAUCGGCGAUGAGACAAUAGCAAACAGGGAAAAUCAAAAUCUAACCCCGCACCUACACGUUGCAGUGUUGGAAAGCUGUAUUCUGUUUGGAGACUCUCAGCAGCUCCGCCUGGUGCGUAUUUUACGCAGCACUGUGAUGGUGCGAGUGGGAGGAGGCUGGAUGGCUCUGGAUGAGUUCCUGGUGAAGAACGACCCCUGUAGAGUUCAUCACCACGGGAGCAAAAUGUUACGCUCGGAAUCAAACUCUUCCAUAACUCAGUCUCCUAUAGCUAAAGGCAGGACCAAUCUGGAGCUGCGGGAGAAGUUCAUCCUCCCUGAAGGCACCACACAGGUCAUGGCCAGCUUCCGCUACCGAGGCCGGAGAUCUCGACCCUCGUCCAGAGGAGCUUCACCGAACAGAUCCACCUCCAGUCAGAGCUGUCCUGUCCCAGUGAACCCAGUCACGACCAGUACACCUAAGACUCCCCAACACAUAACCCGCAAUUAUGAUAAACCCUGGCUUACAAACAGCAAAUCCUCCACUCCACUUAAAUCAUCAGACUCCUUUCAGAGCCAAACAUCAUCAUCAGAGGUGACACCAGUUCAAGGUAGCAAACUACGUCUUCCAGGAUAUUUGUCAGGUAAAGGAUUUCAGUCAGGGGAGGAGGGAACGCUGAUCAGUGCUGCGGUGCUGAAGGCUCGGGCACAGGCAGCAGGUGAGUCAAGAAGAAAUUCAAGCCGACCUGGAAGCAAAGCAGGAAGCAGAGGAAGCAGCCGCAGAGGUAGCGACGCCUCCGACUUUGACAUCUCAGACAUCCAGUCCGUCUGCUCUGACAUGUCUGAGACAGUUGGUGAGAGCACCAGGGCUACACCUCGCCCUGCGUCCCACCAACGUGGAGGUAAACCCUCCAAGAUCCCCACUCCUCAAAGAAAAACCCCUCCCACGAGCAAGCUGGCCAAGGGAUCCAAGCGAUAGUCAGUGGCCUUGAAAUUAGAAUAAUAAUUUUAAAAAAAAGGACGUGACCCAGAAACUAGUUGCACCCUAGAAACAACACGGACACUGGAGAUAUUUAAUUUAAAAAAGACUGCAAAUAUGUUGAGUGUUAUUUAAAUUGCUGCAAAGAUGUAAAAUAUUCUGUUCAAUGGCAGUAUGAUGUCAUGUUAUGUGAGGAUGAAUUGUUGACGGCCUUGAGUAUUUGUCUUUUUAAUGUAUUUUCAUUUUUUUGUCCAAAAUGUCAAAUAGUUUUUAUUGUGUUUUAUUUUAUUUUAUUGAUGAACAAAAGCCUGUAGAGGUUUAAUGAACACUAGAGAAACCUGGGGAUGACUAUGUUGUACUGUUAACGUGCAUUUCUGACUACACUAAUGAAGGACAACACACACACACACACACACAGACACACAGACCCAGGAUAACGCUGAGAGUUACUGAAUGUACUGUAAUUUAUUUAUGCUAAUGUUUGGACCGCGGCGACAUUUGAAGCACUGCAACUAUCUAUUUAAAAAUAAUGUUAGGAUAUACUGCCAACAUGCAUUUAAAGGGCAAUGCAAUAUACUACACUAAAUAAAGCGAUAGCACUGCAGAAACCACUGAAAACACUAUUAAAAAA